GAAGGAGAGAGAGGGGGGAAACCACCAAACCAGCGGCGCUGCUCUCGUAUAUACUGUGGGGGGGAGGGGGAGAUGGGGGAGGCACGGCCAUUGGAGAAGACCACGUGCUCGAGAAGGAGACGGCUAUCAUCAUGGGAAAGAAUCAAAAACAGAAGGGACGCGAUGAUCUUAUCUAUUCUCCGGAACGUCCGCUGGAGGUGGAGCUGUCCCUCUUAUAGAGCGUUCUUGGUGGUGGGGGAAGUGCGGAGAGAGAGAGAGAGAGAGGAAGAAGAAUAGAGAGAGAGAGAGAGAGGAAGAAGAAUACAGAAGGAUCAGUUGGUGGUUUUCCUUUUUCACAAUCUUGGUUUUUGGUGUCAUCGUGGGAUCAUCUGGGAGCAUUUGCAGAAGAUCCUUAACAGAUUAUACCAUGAGAGGCACCAAGGUGGUCCAAUUCUUGACCUCCUUCACUUCAUCCUCGAGGUCUUAAACCGAGGAAUACUUAGCAAGGUGCAUGGAGCUCCCAUGGCCAAAUAUGGGAACCUUACAUCCCCACUGGAGGUUCGAGUCUCAGUAUUCAGAAAUUGAACAAACAAGCGAACCUCCUCCCCUGCUGCAAAGACAAAGAGUGGGUGAAGGCACUGGACAGGGCAAUGUGGUGGGUGGGGAUGUUGGUGUUAUUGAAUUCCACCACAGUUGUUUCAUGGAUGAUUUAUGACCUCACUUUAUGGAGUGUUUUUAAAGAUCUGAGGGCGAGAGGUGGUAACACCAGGAAAACAAAGAAAUCUCCAUUAUAUUUAUGGACAAUAGCUUGAAGUGUUCACCCAUGGAACCUACUGAAGCUAAUUCUGCAGGCCUGUCUUUGGGAUCUGAUCUUUCUGGGGAUCACUUGAUCGAUUUGGAGAAAGACGACAUUAGGUAUAAGGCAGUCAAGAGUAUCUUUCUUGCAGGCAUGGACAAAAAUUCAAAAGAUGUGCAGGUCACCUCAAUACGUGCUAUUUCUCAUGCUACCUUUUCAGCACAGGACCGGUGGAACAUUUUUGAUAUGCAUUGUAAGGCCAUCUCAAAGAAGCAUGGUGGCCAUUAUGACAUCAAAAGAGCUUGGUAUGGUGCUUCUAAAGAGGUGAUUGCAGGAGUUGCUCGUUAUGGUUUUGUCCAUCUCGAGACGAUUAAGUAUGGUCUGUCAUAUGGAACUGGGAUCUACCUCACUCCCGUUGAACAUGCAAUCAGGAGUGCGGUAUGCUCGGAUGUGGACCAAAAUGGGAUCAAGCACAUGAUUCUCUGCCGUGUCCUCUUAGGAAAUGCAGAACAGGUUAAGCCUGGGUCAGAGCAAUUUUAUCCUAGCUCUGAGGAAUUUGAUUCUGGGGUGGACAACAAGGAGAAACCGGGAUUAUAUGUUAUGUGGGGCACUCAUAUGAACACACACAUUUUCCCAGAGUUUGUGGUGAGCUUCAAAGUGCCACCGCCUUUGCAGGAAUUCUGGGAUGGAUACAACUGGAAAAAGGGCUCCAUACGCAGAUCAAGACGCCCAACUGCUGCCCUUCAUGGCAGAAUUCAGAAAGCUUCUGCUCUCAAGCAACCAGCUCAAGUUCAAUCUCGUGAGGCCUUCAAUAAGAUGCUGGUUCCUUCCAAGGGACCUACUUCAUCUUGGAUGCCAUUCUCUCAGUUGAUCACAGUACUUGCCAGUCUUUUGCCUUCGUCCAGCAUUAGCACAAUCCGCAGGCUGUACGGUGAAUAUCGGGCUGGGAAAAUAACGAGGGACAAUUUUGUGAGGCAGUUGAGACAAGUUGCAGGAGAUAAACCUAUAGUUGCAGCCAUUAGAUUUGCUCAAUCUAAGAAGGUGAAAGCCCAAAAGAGUUCUUCAAACAGCUCAAGCGUCUGCACCAGCAACUCUGGAACAAGCUGAAAUCCCCAACCAUCAGGACGCUGAGGAGCUUCUGAAGUUCGAAGUGCCACUGAACGUGAACCAGUCAAAUAGUGUAGGAGAUACAUGAAUCAAGUAGAUAAGAGCUGUGUACAUAUUUGCGGGAACGAAAUAUGAUGCCUUUUUCUUCGUCUAUUGAAAAUCAUUGCUCCAAAUCAUUUCCUGAGA